AUGGAUGUGGGGCCACUGGGUUCGGUUGAGGCUUUAUGGGCCUAUGAGCCCACAUUUUGUGCCGAAUUAGAACCAUUGCAAAACUACGAUUCCCACCACCCGGACAGACCCGAAGUCCUUGUCUGUCACGAUAUGCAGGGAGGAUAUCUACCACACGAGAAAACUGGCGGUUGUUCACCCGUGGAUUCACGUCCAUUCGUUUUUCUGAAUCAUUGGCAGAUCGAUUACUUCUGUUAUUUUUCGCACAACUUUAUCACGAUUCCUCCAAUCGGUUGGAUCAAUUCAGCACACAAACAUGGUGUCCGCGUUCUUGGUACUUUGAUUACAGAAGAUGAUGGUGGGAAAGCCCUUUGUGAAAAGUUCCUUUCAUCACCUGAAGCAAUUGAACAGACAGUUGAGGCUCUGGUCAAAAUUGCAAAAGAUUGGAAUUUCGAAGGUUAUCUAAUCAACAUCGAAAAUGAGCUGGAGGUACAUUUGGUUGAUGAAAUGCUGAACUUUCUCAAGAAGCUUACUCAUUCACUCCACGAAAAUAUCCCUCAUUCAAAACUAAUUUGGUAUGAUGCAGUCAUUCAUUCCGGGAAAUUGGUUUGGCAGAACUCGCUGAAUGAAAAAAAUAGGGAUUUUUUUCAAGCAUCUGAUGGAAUGUUCACAAAUUACGGAUGGAAUCAGGAAGAUUUGAUGCAGAGUGUCGAAAUGAGUAAAGCGCUCGACUCAUGCCCGAAAAACGUUUUCACCGGUGUAGACGUUUUUGCACGAGGAUGUGUUGGUGGCUGGCAGUGUUGGCAAUCAUUUGAGGUGGCCGUGAAUCGGGGACUCUCGGUGGCGCUUUUCGCCCCGGGAUGGAUUGUUGAGAAGCACUCCGAGAAAAGUGAUGUGACGAAAAAUGGACUACGGUUUUGGAGUUUUCUACGCUCGUGCACCCCGCUUCGACCCUUGACUAGUUUGCCUCUAUCGACCGAUUUCUCGGCCGGAUUCGCUGAGAAUGGCCAGUGGUGGUGUUUAUCCAAAAUUGCAAUUCAACCGCAUUGGCCACUGUUGCCAAAAGAAGAUCAUCCUAUUACGAUCGGCAAACCGGGGCUCACCCUAGUGACACCUGGGAUUCACAAAAUCUUCAAAUUAGAAGCCAAAGUCUGUGAUGGAGAUGAAGUGUUGAUUACGGCAAGCAGCACGGUGAUCGUUCACCUUAAUGGAUCACCAUUAACUCUCAAAGAAGAUCAGCUUGACAAUAAUGAGCUUGGAAAAUAUCGUCACAGAAAGAAUCAAGUCCCAGCCACAAAUGCUAACGGAGAACCGUGUGCUGAUGACGCGGAAGUUCUGGCAGCAGUUUUAAAAACCUACGAGAAAAUGGAUCUACCAAGUGGUGGGAAUGUGAGCGUCUCUGUCGAGAUCUGGGUGCAAGAAGUCUCGAAGAUCAUUGAGAUCACAUCCGAAUUCGAGUUAGAUAUUUAUGUGACAGAAAGAUGGACCGAUCCAUCGCUCGCCUAUGCUCAUCUCAAUCCAUGCAAGAGCAACAUUUCCGUUGACGGCGGAAAGGUGAUUCGUGAGAUUUGGACACCACAAGUGUGCUUUGUGAACACGAAAUACGCAAGUAUUCACAACAGCCCGUUCACCAAUAUUUUUCUGCAGAUUUAUAGCAACGGCAGUAUUUGGCACAAUUAUCGCACCAAACUGGUAGGGCCUUGCUCGAGCACUCUUCGCACUUUUCCCAUCGAUCAGCAAAAAUGUAUGCUAUUCUAUGAAAGCUUUACGCACAACGUUAACGAGGUGCAACUCCGAUGGAUUGAUACAGUGCCGCCGAUCACGAUUCUCAAAGGAAACAUCACUCUUCCCGACUAUGUGCUUGUUGAUUUUCAAACCUCCACCGAGCUACGGCUUUAUCCACCAGGAGUUUUCAACGAGCUCAUCGCUGCCUUUACUUUCCAACGACUUUACGGGUUUUACAUUUUACAGGUCUACGUGCCUGCGUACAUUUCAGUGUUUAUUUCUUGGGUGUCAUUUUAUUUGGGAGCCGAGCAGAUCCCUUCCCGAACCACUGUCGGUGUCAAUUCGCUUCUUGCAUUAACAUUCCAAUUCGGCUCAGUUGUGAGCAAUUUGCCGAAAACUAGCGAAGUGAAAGCAAUUGACGUUUGGAUUUUGUCUUCGAUGGCUUUCAUCUUUGCAUCGCUUAUUGAGCUGGCUGUGGUGGGAUAUCUCACCAAAAAUGGUAAACAUCAAACGAUUAGAUGUCAAUGCUCGUGGAUGUGCUACAAAUGCCCAGAGUGGACAGCUGGAAAAUUGGACAGGGCCUCUUCGGUCUUGUUUCCGUUUUUCUUUUUGGUUUUCAACAUUUGGUAUUGGUUUAUUUUCCUCGGG